AACGGAAGUGAACAGUGACCAAGAACAAUUUCCACGUUAGCGUUUUUUGUUGUUAUUUAGACGUUAAUGAACAACAUGGGACGAACAAAUAUGACAAAUUUAGCUGCACAGCAUCACAUGUAGUCUUUAAUUCGCGUUGGAGACAGGAUUUGGUUGAUAGAUGUUAUUUAGGUGACGCUGAACUAACAAUGGCUAACUGUAUGGUUUUUCACACUCAAAUAGCCUCCAUCAUGGAAGUGCUAGCAAAUUCAGCCGUGGCAGAGAUCUGUAAACUCGUAGACGACGACUAUGCAGUGUUUCGUUUGGAAAUUUCUCAAAGCCAGAAAGAAAACAGGGGAUUGCGUAGGAAACUACAGCUACUUGAACUGAAGGUAGCAAGGGAGCGCGCAGACAGGACAAUGCGAGAUCGCAUCCUCGCUAGUCGUCCCAGUAAUGUCAAGAUCCUAGACCGAUACAGAGGAAUGGAAAAAGGUGAAGGAGAUCUCACUGGAGGCCACAGGAGCUUUGUGAAGGCAGCAGGACAAAAUACAUGGAGAGAUGACCAACCAAUCACUGUUGAUGAGGGGAGCGGAACCUCGGCCCAGCACGUUAUCGUGAUAGAGUCUGCAGAUGCAGAGGCUGCAGGUCCUGGGGUCAAGCAGGAGAGGUCUGAAGGAGAGGAGGACCCACGUCACAGCAGAAACAUCCAGGUGGAAGCAGCAGCUGAAGUGGCGCCCCCUGUAGCCACGGAGGACCCCACCACCGCUCCAGCGCAGCCCAGGAUCAGACACAGCAUCACGGAGGAGGAGGAGGGUCCAGAGGUGCUCCUGGUGAAGGAGGAGGGGUGCGAGGAGGGUCUGGGGAACCCUGAGUGGACCAUGGUCAUGGAGGACAACCAGACUACACCUGAACCAACAGAGGAACCAGCUGAGCAGCACAGGACCACACACAGUCUCACUGAGUCAGUAGACAUGGAGGAUGGGAAGCCUGAUCUGUUGAUAGUCAAAGAGGAGACAAUAGAAGAUGGACCAGAGAGCAUUGACCUGCUGAGUGGACUAAAGAUGGGGGAGCAAGGUGAUUGGCUGGAGGCUAACAGAGGAGACUGGGCGGUCAUCUUGGAUUCCCAGACCCAGACUGGUGCAGCUAAGGGCCCGGGGGACGACAUCACUGAGCAGGCCAGGACCAGAGGUGACAUAGUGGAGUCUGCAGUCCAUGAGGACCUGCUGAUAUCCGGUGUUGCUUGCGGGAGAGACUGGACCUCUGAAGUGGCUGAUCACAAACCCUGGCCCCGGAUCAGAACUCUGGAUCAGGAACUGUCGCCCUUCCUUCCUGAGUCGGAACCGGGACCCAACCACGAGGGACAGAGACUCCACCACCACACAGAACACAACCAGUGGACAGGUGGACUGAACAACCUCAGUCCUGGUGGUCAUCAGAGAGACAGAGGCUCCAGUCAGGGAUCCAGUCUGCAGCCCAGACCCUUCUCUUCACAGUCUCAGUGCAGGGAUGUAGCAGGGCUUGGGGCUGAUAAAGAUAGACCCUCCUGUUCCUAUGAUACAAACACCACAGUAUCCAUGAUGAACAGAGCAGGUCUUCCUGGGCUUCAGCCUUCACAGAGAGUGGUGGGAGACCCCCCUGUUGGUAGUCUAUCAGCAGGUCUGUCUUCUCCUUCAGGGUCUUGUCUAAUGCCUGGUGACUGGGUUCAUAGAAAGCCUGGGUCUAGCUUUCCUCAGUUACCUCAUGGUUACCCCACCAAUACAGACAGGUUCAGGAUGGGCAUUUACCACAAGAAGGACCUAGCCUAUAACACAGCACACAAUCCCAACAACACCCAAACAAUGGCUCAAGGAGGGAGCUCAAAGACUAACCACCUGAGAGUGGUGGUUCCUGCUUCUACCUCCUCUGGUGUCAUUGGGUCACAACGUGGGAGGCUGAGCAUUAGGACGGACGAUGACAAGCCGUACACCUGCCCCACGUGUGGGAAGCGCUUUGCUAAAGCAAACUAUGUGAAGGAGCACCAGACUGUUCACACCAAGGAGAGGCCCUUCAAGUGCAAACUAUGUUACAAGAGCUUCUCCUUCCUGAGUAACCUCAUCAGACAUAGGAGUGUCCACAAUGGGGAGAAAUCAUAGCAGUGUGGCUUGAGAUGUACACAGGGGAUAUCUGGGAACUAUUCUUUAGCUGACAUUUUUGAAAAUACAGUAUAAGUGGAAGGCCCCUCCAAACCCCCAGAAUUAAAAAAAAAUCGAUGAAUAUUUUUCAUGAUUGGUAUACACCCACACCAUUUAAAAAAAACAUUUUUUUUUUAAAUUUAACCUUUAUUUAACUUGGCAAGUCAGUUAAGAACAAAUUCUUAUUUACAAUGAAGGCCUACACCGGCCAAACCCGGAUGACGCUGGACCAAUUGUCCCUAUGGGACUCCCAAUCACGGCCGUUUGUGAUACAGCCUGGAUUCGAAUCCAGGCUGUGUCUGUUGUUAGGGUAUGCCCACACCAUUCCAACAAAGAAAAGCUACUUUUUAAUGAAUCACUCAUAUUGUAAUUAUAUGUCAAUGAGCUAGGGGAAAUCUGAUUUUCAAUAUUGUGAUGCCAUUUUUAUAAUUGAAUAAAAAAUAUAUACAACAAAUUUUCCAUGAACAUGUUUCUGUGCUAAUGCACCACACAACCAAUAAACAAAGCAUACCUAUUUCAGUCACUAAAAUAUCAUGGAUUGUGUUUUCAACACCACAAUAAAUAGACUAUGUCAAUCUUGA